AUGAUGGCAUGUCCACCGACAAAGCGCUAUAUGGAGCUCCCGCAUUGCCCCAACCAAGGCACUGUGGAAAAUCCCAUGUCCAACGGGGUACGCUUUUCGUCUCACAGCCAGUUCAACAACGGGUCCAAAACACAUCAGCAUCUCAUGUCCUAUGUGCCACCCCAAACACCGGGCGGAAUGGACUCGCGGGCUGCAGAAUCACCCGUACAGCGGCUCGUCAAGCCCGGUUCAUCAAUUACCACGAUGGACCUUGGCCCGGCUCGCAGUGUGUCGCUUUCGGGAAGUUCGAGCCCGGCGAGAGCGGCGAAGAGUGAUGGUCUUCAAUCUUGUCUGUGUCAACUCUCUCGACAAAGCAUAUGGCGGGCACUUGUUCCCAGUGCUGUUGAUGCGGAGGACCCAGCGAAAGCUAUCGUGGAGAAGGUGCAACAACAGAUCGAUUGCGUACAGCAGAUAACAGUCGCAACGAAAGCUACGACUGAUUCUAUAAAGUCUGAACUUCGUACUGAUAAUAUCAAAAGCUGGCUUGAUCCCCCCGACCCAUCUACAAUUGCCAACCACGCCAAAGAGCUACACCAUGAGGGAACAGGCGCGUGGCUCCUGGAGGACCCUAUCUUCUGGUCGUGGUAUUCGGGGUCAUGUCGACAUAUGUGGCUGUACAGGCUCGCGGGAAGCGGAAAGACCAUUCUCAGUAUUACCGUCCUUGACCACCUCGCGAUGGGAAACAACGGUCCUAUCCUCAAAUUUUUCUUUGACUUUAGUAACACCAAAAAGCAGACUUAUGAAAGCAUGCUGAGGUCGCUUAUAUUCCAGCUUUAUGAUCUGCCGUUCAUCUUCAUGCGUUAUUUCAAGUGCAUCAGAAUCGGAAAAGCCAACCUGAGAUAA